GAACACAUAUUCUCAGCCGUCGAUCUCUUCAUCUUUGUCUGAAACCCGACCGUCCGCUCCUUACAUACGGACACAGCAGCCUUUUUUUUCCCCUCAUCACUGUCAUCAGAACAAAGACAAACGCGGGGAGAGAGAGAGAGAGAGACGAUGGAGAAGGAGAGAGAGAAUCAGGUUUACUUGGCGAGGCUUGCUGAGCAAGCCGAGAGAUACGAUGAGAUGGUUGAAGCCAUGAAGAAAGUUGCACAGCUCGAUGUGGAACUCACGGUUGAAGAGAGGAAUCUGUUGUCAGUGGGAUACAAGAAUGUUAUCGGUUCUAGGAGAGCGUCUUGGAGGAUACUCUCUUCGAUCGAGCAGAAGGAGGAGGCGAAGGGGAACGAGCAGAAUGCGAAGAGGAUCAAAGAUUACAGACAAAGGGUUGAAGAUGAACUCUCCAAGAUCUGUAAUGACAUUUUGGCUGUCAUCGAUAUGCAUCUCAUCCCAUCUGCUGCCUCGGGAGAAUCCACCGUCUUUUACCACAAGAUGAAAGGAGAUUACUUUCGCUACUUGGCAGAGUUUAAAUCCGGUGAUGAUCGUAAGGAGGCCGCUGAUCAGUCACUCAAAUCCUACGAGGCUGCAUCCACUACAGCUAACACUGAUUUGUCUCCCACUCAUCCGAUCAGACUUGGCCUGGCUCUCAACUUCUCUGUUUUCUAUUACGAAAUCCUGAACUCCCCUGAACGAGCGUGCCACCUGGCUAAGCAAGCGUUUGACGAGGCCAUUGCUGAGCUCGACAGCCUUAACGAAGAGUCUUACAAAGACAGCACCCUUAUCAUGCAACUUCUCAGAGAUAAUCUCACACUGUGGACCUCGGAUCUACCCGAGGAAGGAGGUGAACAAUCUAAAGGGGAUGAGCCUCAAGAAGAGGUAAGCAAGCAAAUGUAGGAAAAAGAAAAGCCUUAACCUCUUUCUUCACAGUUCCUUCAGUUUCCUUCCCAUCAGAGCGUCUGCAGAGCUGAUGAUGGCAACUAAGUGACGGGUGGCUUUGUGUAUUGGUUUCUUUAGCAUUGCUAAAGAACUUUUUAUCCUUUGUACUCUUUUUACUGUUGUGGGUUUUACCCUUUUUUUUCUUUCAACUAUGUGUCUGAAAACUUGUGUUAUCCUGUCAUGAUUUUCUUGUUCUCAACUCAGUCUUGACAAUAGCCUUCUGCCUA